GUUAUUAUUAUGUUAUGCCGAAGACCCAUAACCGGUUUUUAACUUGUUUUUUUUUUAUCAGACACGUCAUAUGCAUACCUACAGUAAAACAAGACUACAGUUGUGAUAUUAAAAAAAUAUAUAAUUUGAACUAAACCGUAUCUUAACCCACUAUAUAAAAGUUUACAAAAGCCAUUUAUCUACCACAAAUAUGAGAAAACUAAGAGGUGGACAAACUCGUGAAACGCGGAAGCAAAAACAGGAACGUCGUGGGGAAAAUGUUAAAAUUCAACAGCAGCUCAAAACAAUCGUACUUCCCACCUGUGGAGUGAUCUUCCUGUGUAUAGUGGUAUAUGUCUUCCUUAAAACACGUCCACGCUACGAAGAACUUUAAAAACAAAACGAAUAUAUACAUUAUUUCGUUAUUUUAUUGUCUUUUGAGGCAUUUUUAACAAUAUUCAAACAUUAUUUACACCAGUCAACCAGUAUCCAGAAAAAACAUUUGUACAAAGCAAUAAAAAAAACUUAAACUUA